AUGCUUCGAACCGCUGUGGCAAGGUCAAGACAAAUCAGCGUUGGCAUUGUAGGCGCUGGGUUUGCUGGGCUUCGAUGUGCGGACGUCCUGCUUCAGCAUGGCUUCAAAGUUACGGUUCUCGAAGCGAGAAACCGUCUCGGUGGGAGGGUCGCUCAGAGUAAUCAUCUGGGCCAUUUGGUAGAUCUUGGUCCAAAUUGGAUACACGGCAGCAACGAUAAUCCAAUCAUGAAAAUCGCCCAUGAGACUGGAACGAAACUCCAUGCGUGGGAUGAAGAAGCCAUCGUCUAUGACCCGGAGGGCAAACCUCUGGAAGAUAAGGAAGUCGAGCAACACAACGCCCUCCUCUGGGAUGAUGGCCUCAUCGCCGCUGCUUUCAAGUACUCCAACGAGUAUUACGAUUCCAUCGAUCCGCAACGAAGUCUGUUCGAUUUCUUCUCGGAGAAGGUUGAAUCUUUGUUUGAGGACGAACCAGCUGAUAUCGCCAAACGGAAACGAAAGACUUUACUUCAGUUUGCAAGUCUUUGGGGAUGCUAUAUCGGUAGUCCAGUGACGAGACAGUCUCUCAGGUUCUUUUGGUUGGAAGAGGUGAUCGAAGGCGAGAACCCUUUUGUUGCUGAGACGUAUCACAAGAUCUUGGAUGCUGUUGCUGGACCUGCGAAGCAGGGAGCAGACAUCCGUCUCAAGCGGGAAGUUUUGAAGAUCCAUUCAAAGGCUUCAACGUCCGAGACCGAUGGCCAUGCACCUGAAGCGAGCGUGAAACUGGCCGAUGGAGAGAGCUUGGCCUUCGAUGAGGUUGUUGUAACAUGUCCACUGGGUUGGUUGAAGGGUAACAAAGCAGCUUUCGAGCCAGAACUGACUCCUCGCCUCUCAUCUGCAAUCGACAGCAUCUCUUACGGCACACUAGACAAGGUGUACAUCACCUUCCCCAAAGCAUUCUGGAACUCGUCUGGCCCGUCGCCUCUGAGCAACACACCCAACCGAAUCGAUCCGGAAGGCACAACGCCAAAUGUCACGGCAACAACAACUCCACUCCACCAACCACGUUCAGAUAACAAGACCACCCCAAGCCCAAGUCUGCUCAACUGGCUACACCCCAACUACGCCUCAUCUACAAACCCGGAGCAAUGGGAACAAUUCGGAAUGAACCUAGCCGCCCUCCGAGAAGACUGCGCCCAACCAACAAUCCUCUUCUACAUCCAAGGCCCACAAAGUAAACACAUCGGCGAGCUCGUCGCCUCCUCCAAGAACGAGCAAGACCGCGACGAGAAACUCAAAGCCUUCUUCGAGCCCUACUACUCCCUCCUCCCCAACUUCUCCACGAAAGAUCCAAACUGUACUCCCAAAGCAUUUUUGGCCACCGCUUGGGCGAUUGACAAAUUUGCUGGAUAUGGAUCGUAUGCGAACUUUCAGGUUGGGCUGGAGAAGGGGGAUGAGGAUAUCGAAACGAUGAGGUUUGGGAUGCCCGAUCGGCACGUUUGGCUGGCGGGGGAGCACACGGCGCCGUUUCUUGCGCUGGGGACGAGUACGGGGGCGUAUUGGUCUGGCGAGGCUGUUGGAGAGCGGAUCGUGAAGGCGUAUGGCAGGGAGAAUAAUAAAGAGAAAGCGACGUCGUAG